AUGGCAGUACGACAAGACACCAUCGCCAUAACGCUCAUGGCCGUUACACUUGCUAUUCGGAGUGCCAACCAUGCGGCCUUCGCCGUACCCUCCUUGAGGAAGCCGUAUGAGCCCCUGGCCUCGAUGAAGAGCAAAUGGUUCAACAUCAGAAUCUUUGCGAUCGAGAUGCUCCAUCUUGUAGCUUCCGUCGUUUUGUUUCUCUUGAACAUCGACAAGCCGGUUGUCUUGCUUCUCGGCACAGGCUGGAACUUUGCAGGAGAAAGGCUGUUGUGGCAUCGUCUCGUCAAUUCAGAGAGCUGGCUCUGGUGUUUGGCGUUCAUCAGCCCGGUAUACUCUGGUCUCGUGGUCACCACCGGUGUGCAUGUCCGACCACAUCAAGCUGCCCAGUACUCGACACUCGCUCUCCUGACACUCGCCGCAACCUCAGCCGUGCUUUGCGCUUUCGACUCUUUCCUUGACUCUCUUAAAUCCGAUCAAUUGGGCCAAGGGACUGGCGCUGAACUUUUUCAUCGAUGGUACAUCUUUCGCCAAGUCGUGACUUUGAACUGGAAGCCACGUCAAAUGAGAAGGCAAACCGUUCUCUUGGCCUGUUACAUGGUCCUCAUGCUCCUAUUCUCUUGUUCUAUCUGGCUUGCUCUUCUGGUCCCCAACGAGGACUUCCACUUGGUGGGCAUUUACUCCUCUUGGUUCCUGGGUCACGCAUUUGCUGACAUAGCAGGCCGUGUUCUUGGUGUCUACCGUCAUUUGCAGUGUAUCGCCGUUGCACGCUCUGGGACGAAGACUCUCCAACACUUCUGGAAAGGCUUCUGGGCAGACGGGAAGGACUUGUGGAUGGUCUUUAAAGCUGGGGAGUAA